UGCUCAGCCAAUCAAUCAACAUCGCCCACGCUCCCCGCACUCUCGUCGUUACCAUCCCGACGAUCUACAUAAGCUAGACAGCAGCAACCGCUGAUCCCUCGCCAUCGCAUCGCGGCCCGCCAUGCCGCCCAAAAAGAAGACGACAUCAUCCAUCGCUUCGGCCUUCAAGCCCUCGUCCAGUAAGAGCGGGUCAACAGCCGUUCAGCAGGGAAAGCUCAAUGCCUCUCGUUCGGCCAGUCUCGACAAGGUCAAAGGGUCGACUCCCAGUGCCAGCACAGUCGCAGUCACAUCUCGCUCCCCUUCACCGGACAAGGCAUCGUCCCUCUCCCGCAGUCAGAGUGGGACUGCUGCAGUAGGAGGAGGGGCGCAGCUGAGCAAGGAAGAAAUCGCAGAGGCAGAGAAGCUCCCCCAUCUCGAUGUGAAUGCGCGCGACUUGAAUGGGAUCUGGAACGAGGUCAAGAAGGAGAAGCUGGGCAAGGUUGGGGCGAUCCACGCCCAAGGGCAGAAUCGCAUCCACCACAUCCUUCGCUCAUUCGACUUUGAUCCCUCAUACGGUCCCUGCCUGGGUCUCACACGACUCGAGAGGUGGAAUCGCGCCAAAGACUUGGGGGAGGACCCGCCUGUCGAGGUGUGGGAGAUCUUGAAUACGAGGGAGGGAAAGUUGGACGAGGAGUACAGGGAGAGUUGUCUGAUUGGGGCUGGCAUUUAGGCGGUUGCGAUUGUCGAUACCUUUUUUUCUCUCUUGUCUGCUCGAUGCUCGAUAUCUUGAGUCAUCCCUGGUCUCCAGAAAGGGCAGCUGCUGCCUCUGCCUGUAUGCGUCUCGAUGUCGUCUCGUUGCGCCGCCUCGACUGGCUGCGCCUUUUGCCGUGCAUCGGAAGCAACACUUUGGACCCCUCUCGAGAGUCUGCUCUC